AUGAAGGAUGGUGAAAUAGCCCUUGUUUACUGCCCCUCUUACUUCCCCUCCUUCCCCCUUUUCCCCCUCCCAUCCCCCCUUUUCCCCCUCCCCAACCCCCUCCCCUCUCCCUCCCCAUCCCCCUCCCCUCCCCCCCCCCUUCCCCUCCCCAUCCGGCCCACCGUUCUCGCCAUGUUGCGCCGCUGGACGAGCAGCAUGAAGAAGAUCAACCUGGUGGACGUGAUGAAGAUUAAGACGGCGGGGGAGCGGGACGAGCAGGCGAGCAGCAUGAAGAAGAUCAACCUGGUGGACGUGAUGAAGAUCGAGACGGCGGGCGAGCGGGACGAGCAGGUGCUGCUGCACACCAAGUCGCGCGUGUGGCAGCUGCUCGUGGACGGCGAGUCGGACCAGUUCGCAUCCACCGUGCAGAGGAAUGCCAAGAUGUACCUGCAAAAGCACAUCCCGGUGCAGCGAGUCACAGGGGAGGAGAUCCUCAUAGUCACCAACGCAAGGGCUGAGUCACUGCGAGCGUCCCCUGUGCUGUACGAGUUCUCAGUGGUGAAGAACAACGACCCCGCCAGUGGCAUGCAGAGGGAGAGGAGCCGAUACCCCUUGCGAACAACGACCCUGCCAGCAGGAAGAGGAGAGGACCCUGAUGAGAUUCUUCUUUUGCCUCCUCUCCUUCCCAUGGUUUCCCCUCCUCUCUCCUUCAACCCCCCUUCCCACCAGCGCGCGUCCCCUGUGCUGUACGAGUUCUCGGUGGUGAAGAACAACGACCCUGCGAGUGGCAUGCAGAGGGAGAGGACGCUCGUGCUGACCAAGGAGUUUAUGGCGGAGAUGACUGGCAGCCAUGUGAUCGCGCUGCACAGUCUGAGCGGCAUCUUAGGGCUGGUGGUGUUGGACAAGAGCGAGAGAGAGGCGAUAGUGGAGCUGAGUGGGUGGCUCCCUCUGUUCCCACGUCUAACCCAACUCUAUCCACCUCUCUUGCUGCUCCUUGCCCCAUGCUGCCGUGGUGUGUUUUGUACCCACCUCUGUCCAAGCAGUCUGAGCGACAUCCUGGGGCUGGUGGUGUCGGACAAGGUGGUGUCGGACAAGAGCGAGAGCGAGGCGAUAGUGGAGCUGAGUGGGUGGCUCCCUCUUCUGAGCGACAUCCUGGGACUGGUGGUGUCGGACAAGAACGAGAGCGAGGUGAUAGUGGAGCUGAGUGGGUGGCGCGCGACGCAGUACUGUGUGGCGGACAGGGAGGCGCUCGUGGGCAGCCUGGCGGAGGUCGCCAGCCACGCCAAGGCCCGCAACUUCUCCGUCCGCCUUGAGCCCUUCGCGCAGCACACUCUGCCAGAGAAACCCUUGCCUCUCUAUCAGAACGAGUACGAGAUCUACCUGAUAGCGCGCUUCAUGACGGUGUUCCUGGCGCACCGGGAGAACCUCUCGGAGCUGACGCAGGCGGAUGUGGUGGCGCAGUGGCUGCCCAUGGUGAAGGAGUACGCCUGCAACAUGCACCCCGGCGACUCCCUCUGCAUCGACGCGCGCCCCAUGCUUGCUGUCGCCGAGAUGCUCCGAGCCAGCCUGGACUUGAAGCCAGGGCUGGGAGCAUCGUACGCGGUGACGUGCUGCUCAGUGGUGCAGCGGUUGCUGGGCACGCGGGGCGUGUUUGAGUCGGUCAAGUCCAACCCAGACUUCAUCAGCAUCCUCAUCAAGAAAGGCAAGCACUGCGUGUUUGAGUCAGUCAAGGCCAACCCAGACUUCAUCAGCAUCCUUGUCAAGGCCCUCAAGCACCCAUCGUCCGUGGUGGCGUUUGCAGCAGCCAACACGAUCCGUGCAGCCAUAAAGCACUACUCAGCUGACUCACCCGCUCCUGACUCCCCUGCUGCUGCCAGAGCCUCCACCACCUCCUCCUUCCUCAUGCAAGCCUGGCCUGCCCAUGCGGAGGCGGCCAACAAGCACGUGGUGCUGAGUGGCGACAACCUGCAGGUGCUGGUGGCUCGGCUGCAGACAGACGCCCUCGUGCACCAGAAUGCACUGCAGGUGUGUGUGUGUGUGAAAGGGGAGGUGCAAGGCAUUCUGGAGAUCCUCACUCUCGCGCUGCACCUGCCGCCCUCGUCUGAUGCCGAGGCAGAGAAACACUGGAUGGAGGCCCCCCCUUUCUCUCCGUCAAUUUCAGUUUCAUUCGCCCUCUUCUUUCUUUCUUCCAACCAUUCUCUGUAUUCGAUAUGGCUCCCAUACCCCAGUCUCCCCUCCCCCUUCUCCACCCGCAACCUCUCCCCCAAGUAUCCGUCUCCAUGCUCUCGGUAUUUCCCUCAAUGCCCCUGCUCUCCCCUCACCAGCAAUGCGCUGCUGAUCAAGACCAUAUUCACACGCUGCUCGCCUGCCUUCAUCACGCGCUUCAGGACGGUGAUCCUAUCCCGUGCAGUGGUGCUGCUGCUGCUGAAGAACGCACUGUUCAAUAAGCUGGAGAGGGCGAGGGACGUCAGCGCAGAGCUGCUGUUCCUCAUUGCUGAGAGCGAUGCCAAAACGCAGCUCCUGCUGGCGAACCUGCUCCCCAAGGGUGGGCUUUAUUUCAUGCACCGUGCCUUAGUGUCAGAGGCUGCCAAAGCCUGCCGCAGCAGGCGGCGCCAAGCUCUACCCUUGCAUCCGGGCUCAAAGUCGCAGCAGCAAGUGGCAGCAGCGGCAGCAGCAGCAGCCACAGCCAGCACAACCACCGGCACAGCACCGGGAAGCGGGACUGCUGCGGGAGAAGGCAGUGUGGGGGAGCGGUGGGGAUGGGGGGUGGGAGUGGAGGGCUGGGGGGUGUGGUGGCGCUGGGGUUGGAAGGAGGCGCUGGAGAUGCUGAGGCGGAGAAGCAUCACAACGCCGGUGCUGGUGUGGAACGACGCCAAGAGGCACGAGCUGCACGCGUACCUGAAGGAGCAGGUGGAGGCGUUUGAUGCAGCCCUGGGGCGGACGGGGGGCGGCAAGGACAUUCACUUCAACACAGACGACUGCGAGUGCUUGCUACACCCCUGCCAGUAA